AUGGCUGAUUCUCGGACCCCAAUCUCCCACUCACAACGCGCUACACUUCGCCGAUACUACCAGACAGCUACUCCGAAGCCUACCCAGUCUGAAUUGAGAGCGUGGUUUCAGUCUCGCUUCGGCUACAAUAUUAGUCAGUCCAUCGUUAGUCGAAGCCUCAGCAACAGCUUUGCUUAUCUAGAUGUCUCUAAUGCGUCAGACUCUGAAUUUCGAACACGAAAUUGUCAAUGGCCUUGGCUAGAGACUUUGCUCACAGAUUGGCUUCAAGAAGUGGAGGCUGGGUCCUGUAAAGUCACAAACAAAACCAUCGGACAAAAAGCCAAGAAGCUAUGGGUUCAAUCAGACGAGUCACAAGGUCUAGCGACGCCAAAAUUUUCUCAUGGCUGGGUUAUCAAAUUCCGACGGAGAUAUGAGAUGAGGCUUCAAUCUCUCCUAAAACAGGAUCACACAAUCCUGACACCAAACCAUUCAUCGGUCGGAAGUUCCGCUUCGCCAUCAUAUGGAAGCUCUGCGAGCAUAGCCAACCAAGCUCUGAUUUCAUUUUGGCCUCAAAGAGAGGCAUCAACAGCGACCUCUCUAGCAAACAACGCCAGUCUCGAUACCGAGACCAACGCUUUAGCGACACCUACAAUAUCAUCUGAUCAUUUCAUCCACCUUGUUCAACACAAUUCUUAUCGGGGUUUAAUGUCUAAUAAAGAUCUGAUAUUUGCAUCAUCACUCAUUCUUAAGGCAUCACCUCUGACAGCACCUAUCAAACAGUUUGCUACUAAAAUUUGUGGUGGCCUAACAGUCAUCCAUCCUCUUGAUGGCCUACCCAUACCUGAUUCGCUAUAUCCAACGGAAUUGCAGAUAAACUGUGCCCAUACGGGCAUUAUAAAUAUGUUUCCUUUCCCGAAAUUUCGGGAUAACCUCAUUGAGAAAGGUGUGAACUUCGUACCUGAAGAAAUGUGUCGGGACCUCUUUGGUGAUAUUUUCCCAGAUUAUGUUACACCAACACCAGAUGCUCACGAAUGUACAUUACAAAUGCGUGAUGUUUUAGCAGCACUGCCGUCACUUGAAGAAAACGAUUCUGGUACCGAUGAUUCCGAAGAUCAGGAUGAUUACACAGCUGGACGUAAAUGUAUGAUCAACUGGGGUGAUCCAUGGAAUGUAGAAAGCUGGGAAGUCACACCCGGCUUCGUAAAAAGAUGGAGCUGGGCACUAGAAGGCUGUGAUGAUUUGAUCCAAGCAAGCAAUAAAUGGCGUGCAUCCAGAAACGAGAGGCUGAUAACCACAAUGGCUCGAUACGCAGAAGCUCAUUUGAAUCCUAAUGGCCCUGGGGAUGCUCGUCCAACAGCCAUUCAAAUCAUCAAGGACGAAGGUGUGCAGGGCAAGCUAGCGGGGAAAGUUGUUGUCGUUACAGGCACUUCGGCUGGAAUAGGUAUUGAGAUAGCACGUGCUAUGUCUUUGACUGGCGCAAAGCUGUUGUUGACCGCCCGAGACUUGAAGAAAGCCAAGACUGCUUUGGAUGGAAUCCUCGCACCAGGACAAGUCGAAUUAGUCAAGAUGGACAACAAUUCAUUAAGCAGCGUACGUGCCGCCGCAGAAGAAAUUCUUCAGAAGUCAAACAACCAAGUCAACAUCCUUAUCAACAACGCCGGUAUCAUGGCUCUACCUAAGCUGUCACUUACGGAAGAUGGCUUUGAAAAGCAAUUUGGAGUUGAUCAUCUUUCCCAUUUCCUCCUCUUCCAGCUUUUGAAGCCUGCUCUCCUCGCUAACGCCAGCCCUGAAUUCUCAUCUCGAGUCGUUAGUGUCUCUUCUUCUGCCCACCACGUAGCAUCGAUCAACGAAUCGGGAAACUACAAUUUCGAGAAGACUGAAUACAAUGACUGGGUUGCAUAUGGUCAAGCCAAAACCGCCAAUAUCUAUAUGGCCAACGAGAUCGAGAGGCGCUACGGAUCCCAAGGGCUUCAUGCCACAAGUGUUCAUCCUGGAAUCGCUGCCUCAACAGGGCUCAUGCAGCAUGUGGAUCCUGCCGUGGUAGCAGAAAUGUCAAAGGAUGAAGGUCUCUACAAAAAAAUGAAGACGGCAGAGCAGGGUGCUGCAACAACAGUGUGGGCCGCCAUUGGAAAAGAAUGGGAAAAUAAGGGCGGAGAAUAUCUUGCUGAGUGCGCAAAGACAACCCGUGGGAAUGAUAAUCACGAGAUUGCAGGUGUAGGAUAUGCAGGGCAUGCUUACGAUCCUGAGGCUGAGGCUCGACUUUGGAAAGAUUCGUUGGUAAUGGUGGGGUUGACAGACGAUCAGUAA